CGUUAGUGUACUUAUCUUCUUACAAUGAAUGCUAUCUUCGCUACAGCCCUGCUGCUCGGUCUUUUGACGCUCAAUUGUGAUGCAUCACCAACCCCCCAAAACCGACCCACACCAUGUGCACAGACGUGCCAAGCGCAAGGAGAGAUUUCUACCAAUGCGGUGAACAGAGACGACCCAUCGGCGGAAGAACAGCGUUUUACAAACCUUAUCAACUGCGUUAAACAAUGUAUUCUUAACGAAAACAUAUUAACGACUAACUCGGACUAACUCGUUCAAAAUGACCAUUAAGUAUUCAUACAUUCAAUGCCUCGGUUUCGCUUGUCAUUUUUGACUUGGUGUGUAUCAAAUAUUACUAUCAAGU